UGUUUGGUGCAGGUGUGUACCAAGGAGAUCAUGAAGAGAUUGAAGAUGAAAAUUCGAGGGCUGAGUUUUUGUGCCCUUUUUGCGCCGAGGAUUUUGAUAUUGUAGGUCUUUAUUGUCACGUCGACGAGGAGCACCAGGUGGAAGUCAAGAACGCGGUAUGUCCAUUAUGCACAAAGAAGGUCGGAAUGGAUAUUGUUGGCCACAUCAUCUCACAACAUGGGAGCCUUUUCAAGGUGCAGCGACAGAGGAGAUUGCGAAAAUUUGGAUCUAGUUUGACAUUUUCGAAGCUGAGAAAGGAGCUUAGGGAAGGAAACUUGAGAUCCCUUCUUGGUGGUUCUUUACACUCUGCCCCCACCAGUACUGAACCUGAUCCGUUGUUGUUUUCGUUCACUUCUAAUCUGCCUACCGUCAGUCAGCCAGCUAAAGUGCAGUCUCAGCUGUCGGCUGAAGUAACUUCAUCACAGGAAAGUUCCAAGUCUGACUGUUCAGAGAGGAGCAACGUCUCAAGGCUGAGGACUUCAAAUAAGGAUGAAAAGGAGAAGGCUCAGAAAUGUGAGUUUGUACAAGGGCUGUUGAUGUCUACUAUGCUUGAUGAGUUAUGAUUUGGUAUAGGUUCAAGUAUGGAACCGAGAGCGUAGGUUAUCAGAAUGGAUCGAUCUGAUUUGAAUAUUGCAACGGGUGGCAAUAGAUAUUAGGUAAUCUAAACUUCGCAAUGUUCUAUUAUCCAAAAGUAUAUAUGUGCAUAAAUGGAAAGAUGGAAGGUUCUUGUUUUAUCAACAUUUAGUAACAUGAUAUGAUACUUCAACUCUUGAUCGUAGAUGAUCUCCAAUUCAUCCUA